AUGUCCAUCGUCAUGAACCUCUCCGCAGCCCUGCGCUCGCGCCAGCGCAUGGCCACGCGGCUAGGGUUCGAAACGGUGCGCGAACUCGAAGGCUGGGAAGAGGAGAUCGUGCUGGACCACUUCGCCAACUUUAUCUGCGAUUACCUCGCCCAUGGGUACACGGUCGAGCCAGACAAGCGCGACUUGGUGAAGUUUAUCGAUCUGGAGAAGUCGGUUGAUGAGCGGAUACAGAUGUUGGAGGAACGGAGGUUUGAGAUGGUAUUGGAUCCGGAUAAGAGCGAGUGGACGGCGCGGGACCAUUAUAAGCAGUUUGUCAUCGGCGUGGUAGCAGAUGAUUACUGGCUCGGGAAGUACGAGGUCGAAGGGGCAGUGCUUUGGACACGGGGCUGGACACCAAAGGAGACCACGAUCAAGAUGAUUAGGUUUCUCGAGUUUCUCGUGAAGGAAUGGGCAGAUGGGCCAGGGGAUAGCUCGGUCAGGGAGAAGACACACGCACCUAGGUCCUAA